AUGUCUUGUUCGAAACGUCUUACCUUAAAAAGUAUGAAUCCUUAUAUAAAGGCUAUGGAAUAUGCAGUCCGAGGACCUCUCGUUAUCAGGGCUGCAGAAAUAGAAAAGGAACUGAAAGAGGGAAAAAAGAAACCAUUUGAUAGAGUCAUUCGAGCUAACAUUGGCGAUUGUCAGGCAGUUGGUCAAAUCCCUAUCACUUUUAUUCGCCAAGUUUUGGCUCUUGUUUUGUAUCCUGAUUUACUGUGUAACACCAACUUUCCUGAAGAUGCUAAAGAGCGAGCCAAAACCAUUCUAAAAGGAUGUGCAGGAUCUUCUAUUGGUUCUUACACUGAUUCUAGUGGUAUUGAGAUCAUUAGAAAGCAUUGUGCCGAAUACAUAAAAAAUCGAGAUGGUAUUCCUGCCGAUUGGCAGAACAUCAUACUUGGAGAAGGUGCUUCUAGUGGGAUUAAGACUGUUUUGAAAUUACUGAUAAAUGAAAUAGAUGGGAAGAGAACAGGUGUUAUGGUGCCUAUUCCUCAGUACCCACUUUAUUCUGCUUCUAUCAGCGAGUUUAAUAUGCACUUGAUUGGUUAUUAUUUGGAUGAAGCAACCAAUUGGUCACUAAACAUUUCUGAAUUAGAAAGAGCUGUUAAUGAGGCAAAGAAGUGCUGUAAGCCAAGAGCAAUUGUUGUCAUCAACCCUGGUAACCCAACAAGUCAGGUUCUUACUCGAAAGAACAUUGAAGAAAUUGUUAGAUUUGCUCAUAAAGAAAAUCUAUUUUUAUUAGCUGAUGAGGUAUACCAACAUAACAUAUAUGAUCCUAAUAGUAAUUUUUUCUCAUUCAAAAAAGUUAUUAUGGAAAUGGGACCUCCUUACAAUCAGAGGGAAUUAGCUUCAUUUAUGUCAUGUUCUAAAGGUUUCAUGGGAGAGUGUGGCUUUAGAGGAGGAUAUUUUGAAAUAGUAAAUUUAGAUCCAGAUGUCCGAACAAUGUUUAUGAAAUCAGUAUUGGCCUUGCCUAGCCCAAACACCCCUGGACAGGUGGUAUUGGACUGCGUCGUUAAUCCAUUAAAAAAAGAUGACCCAUCUUAUGAAUUAUAUGAAAAAGAAAGAAAUUUUAUUUUAGAAUCUUUAAAAGAAAGAGCUGAAAUGGUAUAUAAGGCCUUUAAUUCCUGUGAGGGCAUGUCAUGUAAUGUUGUUCAAGGUUCUAUGUAUGCAUUUCCACAAAUAAAAUUACCACCCAAAGCAAUAGAAAAGGCAAAAUCACUAAAUCAGUGCCCAAGUGUUUUUUAUUGUUUUCAGCUCUUGGAACAAACGGGUGUUUGCGUUGUGCCUGGAGCAGGCUUUGGUCAAGUCGAAGGAACUUACCAUUUCAGGACUACUAUUUUACCUCAGCCUGAGGAACUUAAACACAUGCUCAACAUCUUCAAGACAUUUCAUGAAAAUUUUCUGGCUGAAUAUAAGUAA